AUGGAUUUGCAGUUAGAAAAGUUAUCUGUUGAUAUAAUAGACGAGGAUUUUGCCAAUAUUUUUUCUAGUGUUCAUUUUCUACAAGCCAUAAUCGGUCGACUUAAUGUGAAUAUUAAAUACGGUUUUGUCACUGCCCCAUCGAAACUAUACGUUAUUUAUUCGAUAGUAGUUUCAACCGCAGCCAUUUUGUCUUUAAUUGGUUUAGUCUUACAAUGUGAAUAUGCAGAUUAUUUCAUCAUAGCUGAACCCUAUUUUACAAUGGGACACGUCUUCAAUAUGAUUGUUGUGUUAAAAACAGUUGUGCGUGAUUUAAAUGGCGUUUCUAUAUGCGAAUUUUACGUGAAAUUGCAAAAAAUUGACCGGGAUUUAAACUUUAAGGGCGGUAAAUGUAAUAAAACACUUGCAAUAUAUGUUACCAUUUUGACAGUUGUACUCUGUACUCACAUAUUUGUAGCAAUACUAGUUUUAAAUUUGUAUUAUAUGAAUAGUUUCUGUCCAUAUACCACUUUCAUGUUGUGGCCUGAAAUGAUCGCCAUUGUGGAUAUGAUUUUAAUUCUUACAAUAAUUUAUUACGUUUCAAUACGAGUUAAUUACAUAAACGUGACCUUAGAAACUUUUAAAGACAAACCCCUAAAUGAAGUUAUAGCGGAAAGACGUGUGUACGACAAAAAAUCUGCGGAUGAAGUGAUUUGGAAUCACUUAUUGAAUGGUAUGAACAGUGUUUCGACAGUUAUGGCGGAUUUUAUUGAACUUUACCAAUAUCAGGUAAGUAAAGAAGUUAUUAGGGGAAACCCGGGCAAUGUGGACACCCUUGGCAAAGCGAAUACCUUCAAUAAUUUCAAAACUAUGCAUCCCAUUACUUUCAUCGUAUGUCAUGUGGUUCCUCCUAUACCCUUCAAUCAUAAAAGACCGGCUUUGCCACACCAUAAGCCGUCAUUUUAG